AUGUCAGUCGACUUGGACGCCGCCGAGCGCACACGCCUCUUGGAACGAGCGACCACCGGCCUCGAGGACCUCGUGGCGUGGGCCGACGGCCUCCCGCCCAACAGCCACGUGCCGCGGUCGCCAACGUGGGCCUCCGAGGUGUGCCGGCAGCAGCUCGUGUUCGAGCGCUACCACGACCUCGACGACAUCGUCGAGCUUUACAAGGCGCCGUCGUCGUACCUCGGCGUCGACAACGCGCGGGUCCUGUAUGAAACCACGACCGCGACCGCCAAGGUGGCGCUCAAGUGGGGCGUCUUCCGGUCGCCAAUUCCGUUCGUGCGCGACCGCGACGCGUGCUACCUCGAAAGCUCGCAGCUGUUUCUGGACCGCCGUGGCCGAAGGGGGUUUGCGCGCUUCAUCACGUCGUACCCCCUGCGCGCUAUGGACUACCGGUCUGGCUACAUUCGCGCCGACGUGCGCAACUGGGGCCUCGUGCUCCUCGAGUCGUCCGAUACCAAGGUUAUCUACGCCAGCACGAUCGUCGACAUUGACUGGAAGGGCCAAAUGCCUGCGUGGGGCGCCUCCCACAUGACGUCGCGCCGCGCCCAGAGCAUCAAGCAGCUUCCCGCGCUUCUUCGCAAGCGGCUGCGGGACCGAUGCGGCCUCUGCCAUGUAAAGCCCGCAAUCUUUGAGCUCGGGCCGCGGCUGGUACCGUGCACAGCGUGCCGCAAGCCUCUAUGUGUCCGCUGCCGCAAUGCAGACGUCGCCCCCGUGUGCGUCAUCUGCCGACACCCGCGCGCCCCUCGCCCAGCGACGCGGCCGUCGCGCGUCGUAUCCGACUUGGCGUCGACUGUGGGGUCGGCAGGCGACGCGCGGUCGCCACAAACCUGCCGCCAUGCCACCCGAGGGCACGCCGCCGCCGACAGCGGCUGGUUCACGCCCCAGGACCACCGUCGCCCCCGCGGCACGGGCCUGGACCUAUCAUAUGUCUCGGCGUACAAGGUGUCGACAGUACAGGAGUAG